CUCUAAGCCUUGAUGCACCAGUUUUAGCUUGAAGCAGCCAGUCAGCGGGCCAACAGCUAUUUGCAGCGAUAGAUUCAGGAUCUUAGUGAAAGUGAGAAAGUAGAUAUAGCGAGCCAUGAUGGGGUUGGUUCAUGUUAUUUUGGCUGUGCUCAGUCUUCUGACUGUUGGGCAGUCAGCUCCUGUGACAAGCUGUGAGAGUCUGACCAAACAGGUUGAAAUCAUAGGAAGAAACCAGCUGCUGGGUAAGUGGAUGUACAUAGGAGAAAGCACAACCAUCGCAGGAUUUAAAUUGCUGACCAAGGCGUUAGUGGAGACUUCCUGGGCGCGUAUUUCUGCUGCAGAUGAGAGUGAUGCCAUCAAUGUUUUUCAGUCUCAAAAAAUGCUUGGCCGCUGUUUCACUGCCACAACUAAGAUGACUUUGGGAAACAACACUCUCUCUAUGGUGCACCCUAUGCAUGUAUCUGAGGUCCUUCUGAGUACUGGCUGCCCUGACUGCCUCGUUCUACAGACAAAUUUCACCUUCGGAGGAAGCACAUACAAGGGUCUUCAGUUCAUGAGCAGAAGAGCUAGGGUGACUGAUGCUGAGAUGGACGAGUUUAAGAAGCAGGUAGAGUGUCUGAACUUACCACCACCCACUGUCCUGGACCCAGAAAAAGGAUUUUGCCCAGACGAGUCUAAUUUACAAGAAACAGAGACCACUGACCUAACCACUGACAUCUCAAGCAUGAAUGCUGAAGAUGUAAAGCUGUUUGAUAGGUUUCUCAGCAGCAGUGAUGGAAUACAGUUGUUAAUCAAAAUUAUCACCACCGGUUUAACUGGAUUAAAAGAAAAUUAACAUUGCUGUGUUUACAUUGUGAACAGGUUGGGUCUGUCUAAGAAGCAUCCCAGUUCCAAUAAAAAGUAAGAUACCAAAUGAA